AAUAAAAGGGAAAACUAAGUGAAGGCAAAAAUCAUAGGAGAACAGAGAAAAAUUAACUGGUAUACAAUGUUAGUCAAGUCUGUGGUUUUGUUGCUUCUCCUUUGGAGAUCUGAAGCAUCACAACAAGAUGAUAUUGGUUUCACCUACAAUGGAUUUCGAGGAGUUGACAUGAGCUUGGAUGGCUUAGCUCAGGUAACAAACAAUGGCAUCCUAAUGUUGGUAAACACCAGUAUGCAACAGAAGGGUCAUGCCUUCCAUCCUCAUCCGCUUCACUUCAAGAAUUCAUCCUCAGGUAGUGUUUUCUCCUUCUCCACUACUUUUGUAUUUUCCAUGUUCGCUGACGUUCCAGUAAGUGAUCCUGGAAUGGCUUUCAUAAUUGCACCUUCGAGAGACUUCUCAGCUUCUUGGCCAAGCAUUUAUCUAGGCCUUUUCAAUCAUACCAUCGUGGGUAAAUCAUCAAACCAUCUCAUAGCAAUCGAGCUGGAUUGUCUCCAAAAUUUGGACUUCAAUGACAUCAAUAGUAACCAUGUGGGUAUUGAUAUCAACGAUUUGAAAUCAGUUGAUUCUGCACCGGCAUCCUAUUUUAGUGAUAAAGAGAAUAGAUAUGUGAACCUGACCCUCUACAGCGGACACGCCAUGCAACUUUGGGUUGAAUAUUCUGGUCCACAGAGGCAACUUAAUGUAACUUUAGCUCCAUUUGAUGUCCCUAAGCCAUCGAUCCCCCUCUUGUCUUUCAACAUUGAUCUUUCUCCAAUCGUGCUAGAUCCUAUGUUUGUGGGCUUCUCAUCUGCUACUGCUGUCGCGGAAGCACCUCAUUAUGUGUUGGGGUGGAGCUUUAAGAUGAAUGGGCAAGCAAAAGAUCUCUCUCUCUCCCAACUUCCUAAGCUUCCUCGAAUGGGACCUAAAACAGAACCUGAAAUUUUUAGCAUUGGAUUUCCUGUGUUCGGUGCUAGUUUAGUGUUAAUUUCCAUUUUCAUCAUCCAAUUUAUUGUUAGAAGGAUUAAAAAAUUCGCAGAAGUUCAUGAAGAUUGGGAACUUGAAUAUGGACCUCAAAGGUUCAAAUAUAAAGAUCUCUACAUCGCAACCAAAGGAUUUAAUGAUGAGGAGCUUCUUGGUAGCGGUGGCUUUGGUAAGGUCUACAAAGGUAUACUACCCACUUCAAAAUUAGAAGUUGCAGUGAAGAGAGUAUCACAUGACUCAAGCCAAGGGGUGAAGGAAUUCAUUGCAGAGAUCGUCAGCAUCGGUAAACUGCAGCAUCGAAACAUAGUGACACUCUUGGGGUAUUGCCGUCGUAAAGGAGAGCUACUUCUAGUCUAUGAAUUUAUGCCCAAUGGGAGUCUAGACAAGUUCCUCUUUCAUCAUAAAUCCACAACAACAAAGCCAACAUUGAGCUGGAAACAAAGAUUUCAAAUAAUCAAAAGUGUGGCUUCUGGGUUACUCUAUCUUCAUGAAGAAUGGGAACAAGUUGUAAUUCACAGAGAUGUCAAGUCCAGUAAUGUCAUGUUAGACAGGGAGCUAAAUGGAAGAUUGGGAGAUUUUGGGCUUGCAAGAUUAUAUGAUCAUGGAGGUGAUCCUAACUCCACCCAUGUGGUGGGGACAUUUGGUUAUAUUGCACCAGAACUUUAUAGAACUGGGAAAGCAAAACCUUGUGUAGAUGUGUUCGCGUUUGGGGUUUUCUUGCUCGAAGUGGCUUGUGGUAGGAGACCUAUACAGUUUCAGGGAUCAGAAGAGCGUCUUGUGUUGGUGGAAUGGGUGAUCUCAAGUUUCAAUAAGGGUGUGAUUCUUGAAACUGUGGAUCCCAAAUUGGGGAUGAAUUAUGAAGUGGAGGAAAUGGAGUUGGUGUUAAAACUUGGAUUGCUUUGCUCUCACUACAUACCAACUGCAAGGCCAUCUAUGCGACAGGUUGUAUGUUAUUUGGAGGGAGAGGUUCCACUACCAGAGCUGCCAUCUCUCAGUGAUAUUGAUGAUGGUGUCUCUGUUUUGUUUCCUUACCUUAAGAGUGCAGUGACUUCGCAAUCAUCGUUUGCAAAUUCUUUACUCUCUGGAGGUCGUUGAAUCUUAUCUGAUUAUCUGUAAAUUUGAUUGCAACCAAAGUAUUAACUUAUGUCUAAUUUUCAUAGAAUAGGUAUAUUUGAUAGUUGUCGAACCCUUUUUUAUUUUUCUUCUUUUUGUGAAAAUAGUUGUUGAACUUAUAUGAUCUAAACUAACAAGGCAAAGCCUUUCUUGAUAGCGAGUCA